AUGGAAGUCCCGGGAUAUCCCGGUCUUAUCAAAACUAUUAAAGAAGGUGAAGAGAUUGAGAAUUUUUCCGAAGAAUCCGACAUUGAAGAAGAGUUUCAACCAUCAAAACAAAAAGUGAAAAGGAAGGCAGACUUUGACCCAAAAUUUCAGUUUGUUGCAUCAGUUGAAGAAUACAAUAAGAAUCCUUGGGACAACUUACAAAAGUAUGUGCGCAGAAAUGUUAAGCACACCUUGGAUGAGAAAAUCGCUAGAAGGAGAGCCCAAGUGAAGGUAGCUGGUAAUAGUGAAGAUGUGGACACUGACUCCGAGACAGAAGCUAAAGAUGGUGAUGUUGAUGAAUUGGAAAUAUCAGAUGAUGAACUGAAAAAAGAUGAUAUCAAGACGAAAGAAAAGAAACUCACUAAAAAGCAGAGAUUAAAACAGGAACUUGAAGAUGACGAACAAGGUGCCCGCGUGGAGUAUGACUCUGAUUUCUUCGAGGAACCCCCUCCAUAUGAUGAGCAAGCAUCAUUCUACAUGAUGAAUCUCUCCCGUCCCCUACUGAAAGCAAUUGGUUUGCUAAACUACGUCCACCCCACACCAAUACAAGCUGCUACUAUACCUGUUGCUUUAUUAGGCAAAGAUAUAUGUGCGUGCGCGGCAACGGGCACGGGUAAGACUGCGGCGUACAUGUUACCUAUUUUGGAGCGACUACUGUACAAAGCUGCAGGCGGAGACAGGGUUACUAGGGUAUUGGUACUGGUACCAACUAGGGAGCUGGGUGCUCAGGUCCACGCCGUGACAAGGCAACUAGCGCAGUUCACGUCAGUUACAGUUGGUCUAUCAGUCGGUGGUCUGGAUGUCAAAUAUCAGGAGAGUGUGUUGCGUCGCAAUCCGGACGUGGUGAUAGCUACUCCAGGGCGUCUGAUCGACCACAUCAGGAACACGCCAUCGUUCAGCCUGCACUCCAUCGAGGUGCUUGUGCUGGACGAAGCAGAUAGAAUGCUGGACGAAUACUUUGCGGAACAAAUGAAAGAAAUCAUCCGACAGUGUUCUGCCAAGCGUCAAACUAUGCUGUUCUCUGCUACCAUGAGCGAUGAAGUCAAGGAUCUUGCAGCUGUCUCUUUGAACAAACCGGUCAAACUUUUCGUCGACUCCAAUAAAGAUGUGGCUUUCAAUCUACGGCAAGAGUUCGUCAGGAUUCGUAAAGAACGUGAGUCAGAUCGCGAAGCGAUCCUCGCUGCGCUCGUAUGCCGUACGUUCAGAGACCGGGCUGUUAUAUUUGUUCAAACCAAGAAACAGGCGCACAGACUGCACGUUGCUUUGGGGCUGCUCGGCAUCAAAGUAGCGGAAUUACACGGGGCAUUAAACCAGCCUCAACGUUUGGACUCGCUCAAGAGAUUCAAAGAGGAGCAGGUCGACGUGCUGGUGGCUACGGACGUGGCAGCUCGUGGUCUCGACAUACCCGGCGUUAAGACCGUCCUCAACUUUACAUUGCCGGCCACGUUGGAACAUUAUAUUCACAGGGUGGGUAGAACGGCGCGAGCAGGGCGCGCUGGAGUGUCCGUGUCGCUGGCGGGCGAGGGCGAGCGCGCGCUCGUGAAGGCGAUCGUGCGCCGCGCCCGCCGCCCCGUCAAGUCGCGCGCCGUGCCGCCCGACAUCGUGGCCAAGUACCGCGCGCGCCUCGCCCGCCUCGAGCCCGAGAUAGCUGCUAUACUUGAUGAGGAGUAUGCAGAAAAACAACUGAACAAAAUGGAGAAGCAAACUGCUAAACUGGAGAGUAACAUCAAGAAAGAGAAUGGACCUCAGUUAGAAGUAAAGCGGCAACAUGACUGGUUCCAGACGCCUAAAGAAAAAAGAGAAGAAAAAGAGAGGCUUGCAUUAACUCGUCAUCCAGGAAAAGAAAAUCUCAAAGGCAAAGGGAAAAAGCGGAAGCGCGACGAUGAUUCCGACGAUGAAGACAGCAAGAAAAAAAAGAAAAAGCAAACUAAGCACACACCUAAGGACACAGCUGAGGAGAGAGUCAGAAGGGAGAUGGAGAAGGUCGCAUUGCUCCAGUCGAGGAUGGCCAAACGUAAGAAAAAGCAGCGUAGGAUAAGAGCAGUUGAGGACGACGAUGAUAGGCCACAGUUUAGAGGAAACUCUGCGGCGAAAAAUAAAAAGAAACAGAGCAAUUUCGCAACUGAUUUAACUGAUACAUCUAAAGCAGCCACAAAACGACUCCGGUAUGACGCAAAUCGUAUGCAAAAAGGAAAGGGAUUACCGCAGAAAAAGGGUAAGGGUCCUCUAAAAGGGAAAGGUCCAAAUAAAAGCAAGACAUUUGGAAAGCCGCAAGCACCAAAGCAAGGUGCCCGAAAGAAAAAUAAAAAAUAA